AUGGCUUCCUUACUCACCCUACCCCGAGAGCUUCGUGAUGAGAUCAUCGAUUUACUGCUACUUACGCAGAACCCGCAGCCUGUGGAUGUAUCCGAAUUCGACAUUUAUGAGCCACUUGAACUCUAUCAACCUCGGUCGUCUGCCUUUCCUCGCCCCGUCAAGCACCACGCUGCUGGCCUGUGUCAGGCCUCACGUCAACUCCGUGUCGAGGUUCUCCAGCGCUCAGGUUCGCUGCGCGUGGGGUUGCGAUAUGCGCUCCGAAUCGUUAUUCAUAGGACGGAAACUCGCGAACAUGGUUUACGUCUGGAGCCUCGCCUGCGAUGGGUUGACACACCCGUUGCCGAUGCCACCAACCUCGACAGAUUCGAUAUCUUGUUUGAGUUAAACGACUUGUGGCCCUGGGGAUGGGUCAUGACCUAUAAGGAUCGUUCGAAAGUCGGUCGCCUGCUGGAUGAUGCUAUUCACGCAGUCAUGUAUAGGUAUGGACGCACCAACCGCAAGACCACUAUCAACAAAGUCAACAUCGAAGUCACCGCUAAAGAAAGCUCAGCAUUUGCGCGCUCUGGUGAAGGUCUCAAAGGCGACAAUGCUUUGGAGAAGCUGGAACGGAUCCUUUCUGAUGGCGGACAAGAACUUGCGAACUUCUGCAUAGCAAUGGCUAUCAAAAGUGACUGCCUCGGAUAUGUUAAUCUGGUAGAGUAUACGGAUACACAACCCGUGUCACUUCUUGCACAUAGGACGACCAAAUAUUGGGAACGGAUUGGUAGCAUUUCCCUGCAAGCCGGUACUGCGGUGCGCAAGAAGACCUGGUAUAUGGAUCGAAAACUUAUGGAUCGCAUGCAUAAUGUCCAAGAUACGAAGUACCACGAGUUCAUUGCAGGGCUACUGCUACAAAGAAGUCGUGCUGGCCUGGAUCAUGAGUCCAAGCUUGCGGAAGAUCACUACGAGGAUCCCGAAACGGUCAUCUUGCAGGGAAGUCGUCAUGUACAUGCCAAGGGAAACUCUACAGGCGUCCGUAUUCACGAGGCUUUGUCUGGCCAGUACCAUACGAAGGCGAGGUACUACGGGGCUUCGAAAGGAGAGUCGAGACGGGAAUGUUUUCGAGAGGAGUGGAAAGCUUGA